UCUCUCUCUCUCUCUCUCUCUCUCUCUAUAUCUCUCUCUCGUGCGCUCCCUGCAAAGGAGAAGAGCACACGCCAUGGACGAGGGGACCCCGAGCUUCGUGUACGAAACCCUCCCCGCCCUAACCCUAGCUCCCGACGACCCCGCCCCCGGCGAUCCCUACCCCGAUCCCGCGGGCUCCUACGCCGUGUUCCGCACCGAGAUCACGGCGGCGGCGGGCCCCGCCGCAGACGCCCCCGCCGCCGAUUUCUUCGCCCUCGACGUCUCCGCCACCGCCACCCCGAUCCGCGACGAGAUCCCUCCGUCUCCGGCGCUGACGAGCUCGCGGGCUCCGGAGCCCCCUCUGGCGGCGGCGGCGGCGUCGGAGCGCGCAUGGUUCCGCGCCGGGUGCCGGUUCAAGAGCCCCAUGCUCCAGCUCCACAAAGAGAUCCUUGAUUUUUGUGUCUUCGUGUCACCAACUCCUGAAGAACAAGCUUCACGUGCUGCUGCUGUACAUUCCGUUUUUGAGGUCAUCAAACAUAUCUGGCCUCAAUGUAAGGUCGAAGUUUUUGGAUCAUUUAGGACAGGCCUGUAUCUUCCGACCAGCGAUAUCGAUGCUGUGAUUAUAGAGUCAAAGGUUAAGACUCCACAAGUUGGUCUUUACGCACUUGCUAGAGCGUUAUCGCAGAGAAGCAUUGCUAAGAAGAUACAGGUUAUAGCAAAGGCUCGUGUGCCAAUAAUAAAGUUUGUGGAAAAACAUAGUGGGAUCGCUUUUGAUAUCAGUUUUGAUAUUGACGGUGGACCAAAGGCUGCAGAUUUCAUCAAGGAUGCUGUGGAGAAGCUACCUCCUUUGCGGCCUUUGUGUUUGAUUCUGAAGGUUUUUCUUCAGCAAAGAGAACUUAAUGAGGUUUAUUCAGGUGGCAUUGGUUCAUAUGGUCUUCUUGCAAUGCUAAUAGCACAUCUACAGAUGCAAUGGGGAGGACAAGAUUUACAUAGUCAUCACCAAUCCAAGGAGCAGAAUUUGGGAAUUCUUCUUGUCCACUUCUUCGAUUUUUACGGACGAAAGUUAAACAAUUGGGAUGUUGGCAUCUCUUGCAACUCAAAAAGAACAUUUUUCUUGAAAAGUAACAAAGGAUUUAUGAAUUCAGAUCGACCGUAUCUUCUCUCAAUUCAGGAUCCGCAGGCACCAGAGAAUGAUAUUGGGAAGAACUCUUACAACUACUUUAAGGUGAAAUCAGCCUUUUCAAUGGCCUACGCAGCACUAACGGAUGCCAGCAGCAUUAUAAGCCUAGGAUGGGAUAGGAGCAUUCUCGGCACCAUAAUUAGACCAGACCCUAUUCUCCUCAAUCGUAAGGGUGGCAAAAACGGCGAACUCACCUUCAGCAACCUGCUUCGAGGAGCAGGCGAGCCGACAGCCCAGCAAUUCACAUACACAAACAACGUGAUCUACAAUUGGCAGCUGACAGACGAUGAGCCACUGCCAAGGGAAACUCUACAUGCUGAGGAUGGCAGUGUACUGCCCUCUCGAAAGAGAAGGCCCUCGAAAUCGAGUCAGAAGUCGAGUAAAAGAGAGAAAAAGGAUAUUUCACAGAGUAGCCUUGGAGAGAACAAGGUCAAGAAGAUAAAGAAGCACGGAAAGGGAUCUCGAGAUUAUGAGAGAGUAACGAAAAGUCUUCCUCGUAACUCAAACAGUAGUCGGUGGUGAGUAAUGCUAUGUGAUUAAUUUCUUGCUUUUAUGCGCAUAAUCUCGUAGGCCCUGCAAACAAUGGUUAAAAGAUGAUGCAGAAGCAUCACCUUGCGGGCUUGGCAAUGACAGUAGUUGAGAGAGCUGAAGAACAUCGCAGGUGGUCUUUGCCAUGUCAAUCAAACUGAUAUGCUGCUGCGUGAACAUAGUUGUCGCUCACUGUAUUCCGGUGGUCGCAGCAACAUUAUGUAAAGGCUGUGACAUAUUCAUUGUAUUUUAGACAUUUUUUUAAUUUAUAUUUAGUUAGAAUAUAUACUGCACUCAAAAUGGUGUUCUCUUCCUUUGGUGAUGGAAGAGGAAAUGCAAUCUUGAAAUUCUGUUUCCCUUAAUCCCUCGAAGAAGGUGAUUCGAUUUCAUUUCAAGUAUGCUACUAGGUAAUGCAUCAAUUUUAGCAUUGGCUGUUGUACCAUUUUCUGUUUUAAUUGCUGCAUUUUUACGCUCUAUUGUCUCUCUAUCAAUUUAUCAUUUCUGUGUUA